AAGUUGGGUACCUAACCUUGCUUUAGUAAUGUGUGUGUGUAAAUGUCACCGUUUGUAUACUACUAACCGUAUCGUAGGCAUUCAAGUGUUGCUAUGAUUCUCAACGGAUUAUCACCUAACGACCGCUUACGAAAUGUGACAUCCAUCAAAACAAGUUUAUAGGGUGUGAUAGUCAAUUUAAUUGCAAAAAUCGUCGCGUGCCAUCGAAAAUGGCCCAGCGCCGUGGAUGGAAGCAGCCCAAACAAGAUCACAGUGUUUACGUGCAGCAGUUAUUUAAAGAUUUUCUCACACGGAACAAUGAGGUCCCCAUAGCUGGAGCAUCAAACAAUGCACGGACGAACCAGUGGCCCGAACCGGUCAUUUCGGAGCAGCGUAAGCAACCGGGAAUAUUUGACCGUGCUGUGUAUGCACGUUUUGAACGCAACACAAACAGCGGAAACUUCGUACGGCAUGAACCAACGAACCGGUCCAAAACAGGACUAAUGCGAUGGAUCGAUCAAACGCGAAACAAGCGUGCACCACGGAAUGUGACGCAGAGAGUAUCCCGCAUGGAUGACUACCUAAAUCUACCGGGCAAUUUCUUCUCUGGUACAGAACAAUUGAAACUACCGUUCGAAGUUGCUGAUAAAACGUUGGGUAAUGUUACGAACAACUUCAUUCCACCGGCAACGUCGACGCCUUUCGAUCGCAUUUCUUCGUUCGGUGUAUCCGGAAUGCUCUCCGAUCCGGAAGAGCUACAGUCGAAUCAUGUCGAAGUUCGGUCAACUGCUAGCAGCACAAAGUCAAGUGCAUGGGAAAUGUUUCUUAACAGUUGUGGAGCAUAUUUGACAGACGUUACCAAAGAAUACGAUUGUGCCAGCGAGUUGAACUAUCAACGUAAAGAAAUGGAAAAUCUUCUGAAAACUGAUGAGACCCAUCGCCCUGUACAGAAAACAGAACAACUUAUUAUACCGGUAGAAACCAUCCCCGCAAUCGUUUCGAAACGCAAUGAUAUUGUUGGUGAACGGAUGAACAACUGUGACAAUCAUUUGUUGACGAACGGACACAAUUGUUCCAGAAACAGUCGGGCAUGUGACCGUAUGUCACUAGCAACGCCUGGGGAGAAUGCAAAUCCAUUCUCUGCCAUUUUAGACGAUCCAAUGCAGGAACAGGACUUACUUUCAACAACCAACCAUAAAAAGAGAAAUAAUGUUACGUUUCUGCUAGAACUAUCCUCUCAGGCAAACUUCGAUUCAUGCUCCAGACCCAAACAGAUAGAGGGGACUCAAGAUGAUAUGCUUUUGACUGCGUCGCCCCCUUCUCCAACGUUGUCUUCGAGACGUAGACAUUGUUUGUACGAAGAACACACAUUCCUUCUGGACCGAAUGCCAUCGGACGACACGCUGAUGGAAAAGUUGGAUGCAUUGCUGGAGGAGGAGGAGUUCAACAUACAAGGAGAAGCCUUGGAUCAUGAGUUGAAUUUCUGUACUCCGGCGCACCAUCAGGCAACGUUUAAUGUGUCCUUCCCGAACCAGUUCCGAGUUGUAAAUAGUGCGGCAGAUGAUUCGAUUAUUACCAAUGCAGAUUUUGCAGAAGCAGAGCCGCCCUUGUAUUUGUCUCAAGAUUUGAUGAUGGCACCGACCAUACACAGUUUCGAAGAAGCGUUGUUUUGAAGCAACAUUGCACACUAAAGAACCUCCUUUAUUGGUGGAUGACUUAAAUUUUCAAAUUAUUUAGCUCGUCAAUGAUAUCCAUGUGCUUAAACUUGUCUGGGUUCUGGGUAAACGUGUCCAGCAGUUGUA